UUUUUAAUUAAACACUUAGAGGGUCAAUGUACUACUUUUCUCUGGUUUUAUCAUAUACUAUUAUAAAAAAAAAAAAAAUGAUAAAAUAGGUUUGAAGUUUCAUGUUUCUUCUUAAACCCUAAAAUCUGAAGUGGAGUUGCAAAUUCGAGUAAAAUAAAGAAAUUGAUACCGGGGGAAAGAAAGAGUGAAGAAGAAGAUGUCGUUCAGAUCAAGAGAAAUAAUGAAGAAGAUAGUGAAGAAUAUUGGGGGAGACAAGAAUUUGGGAUCUGGUUUAAAACAGCAGCUUGAAAAAUGCGUACCGAAUACUAAAGUGGUCAUGGGUCGGGCUCACCGUGGCCUCUUCGCUGGCCGACACAUUCAGUUUGGGAAUCGUGUCAGUGAAAAAGGUGGAAAUACGUCGCGGAGGUCGUGGAAGCCUAAUGUGCAAGAGAAACGGCUUUUCAGCUAUAUUCUAGAUCGCCAUAUUCGUGUGAAGGUUACAACUCAUGCCCUGCGAUGUAUUGACAAGGCAGGUGGUAUUGAUGAGUACCUGCUGAAAACACCUUACCAUGAGAUGGACACUGAAUUAGGUGUCUUCUGGAAAGCUAAGAUUGAGAAGUUGUAUGAGGAGCUCGGGAAAAUGGAGGUAGUUUUCUUUACACCUGAAGAUGAAGCAAAUCUUGAAAAGCAAUUUAAGGAAGUAAAGUUGGAAGAGCGAGCAGUCCGUAGGGAAGCCAGAAGGAAGAUGUAUGGUUGGUCACCCAAAUCUGAGCUAAAAGCAGAUUCUGAAGGAACUGAUGGAGAAGGAAGUUUACCCGCUGACUUCCAAGAAGGGAUGGCCGCCAAUGCUUGAAAGCAUGUGUGACAAAAUGUAGUUGGUUUUCGGGGUGUUUCCUGAUAUUGAAAGGGCUUCUUUUGUUGGUCCUAGAAUGUUUUUGUAUUCCUGGCAUUUAGUGUCUAGAUUACCAUGAAUUUUUCCUUGCAUCUGGUUUAGUAUAAAACUUUUCUGCAUCAAGCAAACCUUGGUAAAGGUGCUUUUUAGAUAAAAUAACGCGAAAAGCUACAGUUAUCACAAUACUAUGUUGAGGACUUAAUUAAAUUAGUUAUCUUUGCAGGUUAAUACAUUACCCAAUCAUCUAUGUAAUAGAAACUAAUGUUGUUGCAUUAUUGUUAUAGAUUACUAGUCUUGUGUAUAAAGUACUAUUUAAGCGCUUUCAAACUCAUUAUUUUUGUGUUCAAAUGUUUACUGAUGGACUUGAGACAUACGUGCUUGCAAGUCGAAAAGUGAAAACAAAACCCCCAGCCCCACCCCGAUUUCCUACUAGGAGUUUGCUCUUUGUUUUUUUUUUGUGAAACAAGUAUCAACAAUUUGAUUCUUUGGAACUUCAGGGAAGUGAAAGAUUGGUUAGAGAGGAAAAAGAAAGGUACCUUGAGACCUUGAGGAUACCCAAUCUGCUAUCACAUUCAUUGAUAAUUACAGUUCAUUUGAGGGAUAGAGAAGAAAGAAUGUCAAUAUCCCACAUUUUAAUUAAUCCUUUCAUUAUUAAAACCUGCAUAACUCGAACUAACUACCAAACCCCAUAGACAUGAGAUGAGUGAUGAUAAGUUUAUCGCUGCAAUUGUUUGUUUAAAGAAUUGCUUUACAUUCUUAUGUUGAGUUAAUACUUAACUUUGCGAAUUUGAUCUUCUAUAUGAUUUUCCAGAUGCUCUCCAAUUUUACUUACUUGGAGGCCAUCUGUUACUACAAUGAUGGUAAGGUAUUAACAACUUAAUCUCUGAUUGCAGGUCCUUCCUUGUUGGAGAUGGGGGAAGCAGCUCUACCAGUGCAUUACUAUAGGGAAAAGAACAAAACAGCUGACUUACUGGCUAAGGAAGGAAGGAAGAGGACGUCUAAAGGGAAGCCUAAUGUUUUGGUAGUUCCUCCUGUGUUUGUGUUAGCCACUAUAGAUGCAAACAAAUUACUGUAGAAAAAUUCCGGUUUGUAAUAUCAGUACUAAUGGACCAUCUCUGGGCCAACCACAUUUUGAUGCCCACCGGGGCAAUGCUGUUACUUAACAUUACUUAUUAAUAUAGGAAAAAUAUAAAUAAUAAUACUUUUAUAAAAUUACAGUUUAUAGCAA